AAACCAAACAAAACUCUUUUUCUUCAUAAGGAUCAUUACUCCGGUGACGACAUCAUAGCCGGAAAAUGAAUAUUCCGGAGAUCUUUGAUUUAUCUUUUCAGCGACGCAAUGUCCAUGUAUCCGUUCAUCGCCAUCACGUUUUCCACGAAAAACACUAAGCCAAAGCAAUUUUGCGAGGUUAUUCGAUUCUUCUUCUUUGGCUAGUUUAACACGAGAGAAAAGAGAGUCGAUUUUUGAGAAGUUACUGUAACAAACUUAACAGCAAAGCAAAGUCCCGUCGUCUUUAAUGGCUCUGGAAAAACUGAUCAGGAUUCAGAACUGACAAAUAGUAGAGAACAAAUUAAAGGGUGUAAGCAGAGUUUAGAACAGAGGAAGUACCUUUUCUGCGGUUUCCGAUUAAUAGUAAUACCUCCGAUGAAGAUUCAGCCGAUUGAUACUCAAAGCCACCGAGAAUCGAUCCGAACCGAUCCAGCGAAGCCUGUUUUGAAAUCGCGUUUGAAGAGGCUCUUUGAUCGUCAGUUUCCGAGUGUUCUGCGCAAUUCUUCUGCCGCGGGGAAGCCGAAUUUUGGUGAAGCACAGUAUGGCAAGGAUGGAGGUGCUGAGUUUGAGCCGAGCUCGGUUUGCUUGGCGAAAAUGGUUCAGAAUUUCAUUGAAGAGACAAAUGAGAAGCCAUCGGCUGCGAAAUGUGGACGUAAUCGAUGCAAUUGCUUCAACGGAAACAUUGAUGAUAGUUCCGAUGAUGAAUUUGAUGCUUUCAGUGGUUUUGGUGACUCAACCGCAAACGCCGACUCUUUCGAUACUCUGAAGAGUUUGAUUCCUUGUGCUAGUGUUACGGAGAGAAAUCUCUUAGCAGACACUUCGAAAAUCGUCGAAAAGAACAUUAUCUGCAAGCGGAAGGACGAUUUCAGAAAAAUUGUCACCUAUGGCCUUUUAGCUCUUGGCUAUGACGCUUCAAUCUGUGAAUCUCGUUGGGAAAAAUCUUCUUCUUAUCCAGCCGGGGAAUAUGAGUACGUAGAUGUGAUUGUGGAAGGAGAGAGGUUGUUGAUAGACAUAGACUUCAGAUCAGAGUUCGAGAUAGCUCGAUCUACCGGGAACUACAAAUCGAUUCUUCAAUCACUGCCGUACAUCUUCGUCGGCAAAGCCGAUCGUCUUCAACAGAUAGUUUCGAUUGUAUCGGAGGCAGCAAAGCAGAGCUUGAAGAAGAAAGGUAUGCACAUCGCUCCGUGGAGGAAAGCCGAGUACAUUAGAAACAAAUGGCUCAGUGCUCACACCAGAACCACGCCUCCAUCACUCCCAAACGACGCCGUUGAAGAAACCAAAACCGACGGCAGGAAUGAGGAGUCUGUGGUAGCUCUCGAGAGUGAUUGCGGAGACUUUGACUUGAUCUUCGGGGAGAAGACGACGUCGUCGUCCGAGUCAGAUCGUGUAGACACCGGUUCGUCGUCGUGGUUGACAUCGACGGUGGGCAAUUCCGGCGAUGGUGAGAAGUCACCUGCCGUGGUGGUGAUGACGUGGCAGCCUCCUGCUGUAAAACCGAAGACCAAGGUCCUCGUCACCGGAUUAGCUUCUCUUCUCAAAGAGAAACCUUGA